CUGACUGUGCGUGUAAUCAGUUACAUCAUUGUUACUUGUAGGCCUUGUCCAAGACAUCAUAUCACGUGAUACCACACACGUCUCGGCCUGAUGCGGAACAGUCACGUGAUGUGACGUCGACCAUUCCAGAACAUAGUGGAAGCUGGGCGAAUCAGCGCGCAGCCGCGGGGUCUGGCGGGACUCUUCUCCAAGCUUGUCGUCGCUCGUAUGAUGCCCAAACGGCGACUAUAUCUUGCUCCCAACUAGCACUAGCAACUGCUUUUCUCUUUUCUUACCACUGACUUUCACUAUUCUAUUGACCUGCUGAACUCUGCGUUCCAACCCAUACUGAGGUCUAGUGAGCCUCGACCCUUCUCGGGCCAACACUAUUCAAACUUUACUCGAUCCAGUGACGUCGAUCCAACCAACCCACCAUGAAUAGUGCUCAAUUUACGGACAGGGCCAACAAAGCCCUGCUCGACUCAAACGAUCUCGCCGAACAAUAUGCCCACAGCCAGAUCCUCCCACUUCACCUUGCCGUAUCGUUGUUGAAUCCGCCUGCUGGUAAUGGAGAUGAAGAAGGCCAACCAGCUGGCGAUGCUAUUCCCCUCUUCAGGCAGGUUGUUGAGAGAGCACAUGGUGAUCCUCAGCUCUUGGAAAGAUCUCUCAUGAAACUGCUCGUUAGACAACCCAGUCAAGACCCGCCGCCGGAGCGUGUCGCCGUAUCGCCUGCUCUAUCCAAAGUUAUUCGCGCCGCCUCUGAUUUGUCCAAGACACAGAAAGACAGCUAUGUUGCUAUUGAUCAUUUAAUUUCAGCUCUUGCACAAGAUGGACAAGUUCAGAAGGCUCUGGCAGACGCCAACAUUCCCAAUGUGAAGCUCGUCGACAACGCAGUUUCGCAAAUUCGUGGCACCAAGCGAGUCGACUCAAAGACAGCCGAUGCUGAAGAGGAACACGAAAACCUCAAAAAGUUCACCAUUGAUAUGACAGCUCUCGCGCGUGAAGGAAAAAUCGACCCUGUCAUCGGUCGUGAAGAGGAAAUCAGACGAGUCAUCCGAAUUCUUACUCGUCGGACGAAGAACAACCCUGUCUUAAUUGGCGAACCCGGUGUUGGUAAGACUACUGUUGUGGAGGGUCUUGCGCGCCGCAUCGUCAACGCCGAUGUACCAGCCAAUCUCGCCCAUUGUAAACUCCUAUCUCUCGACGUUGGUUCACUUGUUGCUGGGAGCAAGUACCGCGGUGAAUUUGAAGAACGGAUGAAAGGCGUCCUUAAAGAAAUCGAAGAAGCGCGUGAAACUAUCGUCCUCUUUGUUGAUGAAAUCCAUCUUUUGAUGGGUGCCGGAUCUAGUGGUGAAGGUGGCAUGGACGCGGCCAACUUACUGAAACCAAUGUUGGCUCGUGGCCAGCUACACUGUAUCGGUGCCACCACACUAGGAGAAUACCGCAAGUAUAUCGAAAAGGAUCAAGCUUUCGAACGUCGUUUCCAGCAAGUUCUGGUAAAAGAGCCAUCUGUCCCAGAGACUAUUUCCAUUCUUCGUGGUCUCAAAGAACGAUACGAAGUUCACCAUGGUGUCAACAUUCUUGACGGCGCAAUCGUGGCUGCCGCUACUCUUGCCUCUCGCUAUCUUACCGCACGACGACUACCUGAUUCUGCCGUCGAUCUCAUCGAUGAAGCUGCUGCCGCCGUCAGAGUCACCCGAGAAUCAGAACCAGAGGCCCUCGACAAUCUCGAACGCAGAUUGCGACAGUUGCAAAUCGAAAUCCACGCUUUAGAACGUGAACAAGACGCUGCAUCUAAAGCCCGUCUCGAGACUGCCAAACAGGAAGCUGCAAAUGUCGCGGAAGAGUUACGACCUCUCCGUGAGAAAUACGAGCAAGAAAAGAGACGCAGCAAGGACAUCCAGGACGCGAAGAUGAAAUUAGACUCCCUUAAAGUCAAGCGUGACGAAUCGAUGCGCUCGGGAGACACUGCAACUGCGGCCGAUCUUGAAUAUUACGCGAUUCCAGAGACUCAGCAACUUAUUCAACGCCUCGAGUCUGAACGUGCUAGGGCAGACGCUGAAGAUCGCGCUCGAGUAGGAAACCAAGGAGAAACUCUGGUGCCAGAUGCCGUCGGCCCUGAUCAGAUUAACGAAAUUGUAGCUCGCUGGACUGGAAUUCCAGUUACUCGGCUCAAGACUACAGAAAAGGAUAAGCUGCUACAAAUGGAGAAACAUCUCGCCAAGAUCGUUGUCGGCCAAAGAGAGGCAGUGCAGUCCGUAUCAAACGCGAUUCGUUUGCAGCGAUCUGGUCUAUCUAAUCCAAACCAGCCUCCAAGUUUCCUUUUCUGCGGUCCGUCUGGUACAGGUAAAACGCUAUUGACCAAGGCACUUGCCGAGUUCCUCUUCGACGACCCCAAGGCCAUGAUCCGGUUCGAUAUGUCCGAAUACCAAGAACGUCACUCUCUCAGCCGGAUGAUUGGAGCUCCUCCUGGUUAUGUUGGGCACGAUGCCGGUGGACAGCUGACUGAAAAUCUCCGCCGUCGUCCAUUCUCCAUCCUCCUAUUUGACGAAGUGGAGAAGGCUGCAAAGGAAGUCUUGACAGUUUUACUGCAGCUUAUGGACGAUGGCCGAAUCACGGAUGGCCAAGGACGUAUCGUUGACGCGAGUAACUGCAUCGUCGUUAUGACCUCUAAUCUCGGUGCCGAAUAUCUCUCUCGUCCAACAGCUAAGGAUGGCCGAAUUGAGCCCCAGACUCGCGAGUUGGUCAUGGGUGCUUUGCGUGACUAUUUUCUCCCCGAAUUUCUCAACCGUAUCUCCAGCAUUGUCAUCUUCAACCGUCUCACGAAGCGUGAAAUCCGGUCUAUCGUGGAUAUUCGCCUCAAGGAAAUCCAGCGUCGUCUCGAACUCAACGACAAGGAUAUCAAAAUUGAAUGCACAGAAGAAGUCAAGGACUACCUGGGUGACGCCGGCUAUUCUCCUGCAUACGGUGCUCGUCCACUAUCACGCCUGAUUGAACGCGAAGUCCUCAACCGUCUCGCCGUCUUGCUCUUGCGUGGCAGUAUCAAGGACGGCGAGGUUGCCGAGGUGGUUAUGAAAGAUGGCCGCAUUGAAGUGCUACCUAAUCAUACGGACAGCGAUAUUGCCGACGAAGACAUGGUCGAUUCCGAUGAGGCACUUGCGGAGAUUGAAGAAAACAGUGGUGAUAUGGAUCUUUACGAGUAAAAGAAUCCAUUGGUUGGUACCAAAUCAUCUGAGACUUUCACGAAGCUAUGACAGUCUUAUGUGAUGGUUUCAGUUUCUAUAUUUUCAAAUGGGCAUGGCUUGGCGUUUUUCAUGGACUUGCAUAUAUUUCAUUUAAUGAGAUUGGGGGCGAGUUUUCUUUUAAUUUUGUCUAUAAUGUUGAGAUAAAUGAUUACACCAAUUGAUGAAUAUUACGAAAGAA